AUGGUCAAGGCGUACCUCCGCUAUGAGCCCACUGGUGCGUUUGGCGUCAUAUCCAGCAGCGCCAACGUGGCAUAUGACAACUGCGGCCGCUUCCUGAUCACAGCGGCACUGGAGAGCGUGGCAGUUUGGAAUGUGAAGCAAGGCGUGCAGGCCAAGUCCCUGACGACUGCCACCGCGAGCAGCAGCGCCGCGCCGCGCGCCGCGCCGGAGGUGACUCAGCUCGCGCGCGCGCCCGGCGGGAACCUGCUGGCGGCCGGCUACUCUGAUGGGUCAAUCCGCCUGUGGGACCUGGCCACCGGCGACUGCGCGGUCACGCUGCAGGGCCACAAGUCGGCGGUGACCGCGCUGCGGUUCGGGCGCAGCGGUGCGCUGCUCGCGUCGGGCGCCAACGACACGGACGUGAUCGUGUGGGACGUGGUCGGGGAGGCGGGGGUGGUGCGGCUGCGCGGACACAAGGGCGCCGUCACCGACGUGGUGGUCAUCGAGUCCGCCGGCAAGCUCGUGAGCAGCGGCAAGGACGGCGCCGUGCGGGUGUGGGACCUGACGACCCAGCACUGCUGCCAGGUGGUGGGGGGCGCAAAGGGCGAGGUCUGGUCCAUGGACGUGGACCCGUCAGAGACGCGGCUCGUGACGGCCGCGGCCGACCUGGAGCUCCGUGUGUAUGCGCUCCAGCAGCAGCAGCAGCAGCAGGACGGCCGGGAGGGUGGUCCCACGGCGGCCGGAGACGGCGACAGGGGACGCAGCACAGCGCACGACUUCCUGCGGCCGAUGGGCAGCGUGCGGCGGCAGGCGCAGGAGCGCGCGGCGCGCGUGCGGUACGACGCCAGCGGGUCGCUGUUGGGCUGCCUGGUGGCCGGCAAGAGCCUGGAGCUGUUCAGCGUGAGGGCCCAGGACGAGGCGCGCAAGCGCAUGAAGCGGCGCAAAAAGCGCCGCGUCGAGAAGCAAGCCUCCAAGGCCGCCAGGGCCGGCGGCGGCGCCGACGGCGCGGACGGCGCCGCCGACGCCGGCGCGGCGGCGCGCGGGCGGCAGCAGCACGAGGGCGGGGAGGAGGGCGAUGGCGGCGACGAGGAGGGCGGCGGCGUGGAAUUGCUGCAGGCGGCGGACGAGCUGGCGCCGAUGCUGAUGGUCCUGAGCAAACACAAGAUCAAGAGCUUUGCGUUCGCGCCGGGAGAUAUGCGGCACAAGGGCUGCGUGGCUCAGGUGGCGCUGGGGCUGGCUGACAACAGCGUGGAGAUCGUCGACGUCAAGCCCGACUCGUUCGAGGUGCGCCAGCGCCUGGAUCAGGGCGGCCACCGCGGCGACGUCCGCGCCCUCGCGCUGUCCUCGGACGACGCCUCGCUGAUCUCUACCUCGAGCGCCGGGUCCAAGGUCUGGAACCCGACGAGCGGGGCGUGCGUGGGGACGCUGGAAGGCGGCUACGGGCUGUGCUGCAUGUUUGCGCCCGGCAACAGGCACGCGGUGGUCGGCACCAAGGAGGGCACUUUGGAGGUGUAUGACGUCGGUGCCUGCCAGCGCAUCCACGUCGAGGCCGCACACACCGGCCCGGUCUGGAGCCUGGCCGCCCUGCCGGACCGCAGCGGCUUCGUGUCCGGCAGCGCCGACAAGACCGUCAAAUUUUGGACGUGGGCGGUCGCGGAGGGCGGCGCGGGCGGCGCCGACGCGAAGAAGGGGAAGAAGGGGAAGAAAAGCGGCGCAGACGCGGACGGGCAGGGGGAGGAGCAGGAGCGGGGCGGCAAAGAGGGCGGCGGGGGCCGGCGGCUGGCGCUGGCGCUGACGCGGCAGCUGGACAUGGCGGAGGACGUGCUGAGUGUGCGCGCGUCGCCGGACGGGCGGCUGCUGGCGGUGGCGCUGCUGGACUCGACCAUCAAGGUCUACUACCUCGACAGCCUCAAGUUCUUCCUGUCCCUUUACGGCCACAAGCUGCCGGUUCUGUCGAUGGACAUCUCCAGCGACAGCACCCUGCUGGUCAGCGGCAGCGCGGACAAAAACAUCAAGGUAUGGGGCCUCGACUUUGGUGACUGCCACCGCAGCCUGUUUGCCCACCAGGACGCCGUCACUGCUGUGGCCUUUGUGCGCGACACCCACUACGCCUUCAGCGCCGGCAAGGACCGGGCCGUCAAGUACUGGGACCUGGACAGGUUUGAGAUGCUGCUGGAGCUGCCGGGCCACCACGGGGAGGUGUGGGCGCUGGCGCUGAGCGCCUACGGCGACUUCCUGGUGUCAGGCUCCCACGACCGCAGCCUCCGCCGCUGGGAGCGCACCACCGAGCCGUUCUUCGUGGAGGAGGAGAAGGAGAAGCGCCUCGAGUCGCUGUUCGAGAGCGACCUGGAGCAGCAGCAGGCCGCGGCCGAGCGCGAAGCCGCGGCGGGCGCGGCCGGCGGGGACGCGGGCGGCGCGGCUCUGCCGGCGGGGCGGCGGACACUGGAGAGCGUCGGGGCGGCGGACGGCAUCGUGGAUUCGCUGGACGUGGCGGCCAACGAGGAGCGCAAGGAGGCGGAGCACGCGGCGGCAGUGGCCGAGGCCGCCGCCGCCGCGGCCGCCGCGGCAGAGGCUGACGGCGCCGGGCCCGCGGAGCGCCGGCGGCGCGUCGCGGCGGCGAAAGCGGCAGUCAAGCGGCCAGCGGCGAACCCUCUCAUGCUGGGGCUGCGGCCGGGGGACUAUGUCCUGCGCUGUGUCGCGGGCGUGCGGUCUGGGGACCUGGAGCAGGCGCUGCUGCUGCUGCCGUUCGCGGACGCGCUGCGGCUGAUGGGCUACCUGUCGGACUGGCUGCAGCAGGGCGCGCAGGUGGAGCUCUGCUGCCGCGCGGCGUCGCUGCUGCUGCGCCUGCACCACGCGCAGCUCGUCGCGACGCCCGCGGCGCGCGGCACGCUGGUCGCGCUGCAGGGGCGGCUGCGGCGCGCGGCGCAGGGGCUGAAGGACACGCUGGGGUUCAACGUGGCGGCGCUGCGGCACCUACGGCGCGCGGCGGGGGAGGCAGCGGGCGCGGACGCGGGCGCGGGCGUCACCGCGGCGCGGCGGCAGCUGCUAGGGGCCAAGGGGGGGUGA